CUGCAAACAAUGAUCGUGCUAGCGCUUGUUGCCAGCGGCUCCACGAUCCUCUGCGAGACCCAUGAUCCCGAGCAUGAGCGUUUCCUGACGGCGUCAGAGACCAUCCUUGGUCGCAUCCCGCCCAAUGCGUCCCGGCUCAGCUACUCUUUCGAGGAUUGGCUCUUCCACUACGUAUCCGAAGAUGGACUCGUCUUUCUCUGUGCCGCCGACGGAGGAAUGGGCAGGCGCCUGCCCUUCGCUUUCCUGUCAGAGGCCCAAAAAAAGUUCCUCGCAACAUUUGACUCGACGCUCCUCGCCUCGCCCGAACCCUCGGACUUUGUCUCAUACAAGACCACUCUCGAGUCGCUCGUCUCGCGCUUCAACCAUGACCCACAGUCAGAUCCUGUCAAGGCCGCACAGAAGGAGCUCGCAGGCGUCAAAGACAUCAUGACGCAAAACGUCGAGCAGAUCCUCAACCGAGGCGAACGUUUGGAUUUGCUGAUGAGCAGGACGGAUCAGGCUGCGAAUCAGAGCAUGGCUUUCCGGAAGAGAGCCGUCGGACUGAGAAGGCAGAUGUGGUACAAGAACGUGAAGGUCAUGGCCAUGGCAGGAUUCUGCCUUCUGGUCCUCUUCAUCAUCCUUGGAGCUAUUUUCUCGCAGUAAUACCAUAUGUGCUCCGGUG